AUGCCCUCUAAAGGAAAAGUUGAGCUAUCUAAGAGAAGAGGGGGCCCCGCACUCAAGGCUAAAGAAAACGCAGCCGCCAAGUCCAGCAGAUCUAAGGUAAGCGACAAGGUAAGGUCUGCAAGAGUCAUCAAGCGGUUGGCGUUGGGGCCCCUGAGGGCCCCUCGUUUCUCCCACGGGGUCUUAGAGGUGGAGGCGUCGAUGGACCCUCUGGGGGCCCCCCAGGGGGCCCACGGUGCUUUAGAGUAG